AUGAAUUCGAUGGAGCAACAUUUUGUUGAUAUGGAUAAACAUAGACAUAAUGAGUUUUUGUUGGUCACUAAUGGAAUCAACACAUGCGUAGGCAUUUGUGUUUUUUACGAUGGUGGUGUAUUUUUAUCACAUGUAUCGCCAGCCUUUGGUCUGCCAGAUUCAGUAGUAAGAACAACGAAAGUAAAUGCACAAAAAUUUUUACAAAAUGUCGCAGCUGCUGCCUAUGAAGUUAUCGUGGAUAUUGGUCGUGUUCGUGCAGUGUGUAUUGUUGGUGGAAAAAAUCUACCUCAUUAUCGAAAUAUGAAUACAUUAAUAAAAGAACUUCAACAUGAAAGAAAAAACAUCAAAAUCAUCGAAAAUCAAACUAAGGGAACAAUAGCCGAGGUCAAAUUUCAUCUCACCGAUGAAUAUCUUGAAGAAUUUCUUGGAGCUAUUGUCUAUUCAAAUACACAAGCAAAUAUUGGGAGCGAAAAAAUCGACGAUGAUGAAGAGAACGAUGAUGAAGAGAACGAUGAUGAAAAGAACAAUGACAAGAACGCUAGUGAGAUUAUUUUGACCGGCGAUGGCAAGAAAUUUGUUGUGAUGCAAUUCGUUCAUCUUGAGCAUGCUCUUGAGCCUCGACUUGUUUGGUCACUGAUCAUCAAUAUUCAAAAUCCAAACAAUCCCACAUAUGAAAUCUUUAUUAUCGAUCAAGCUGGUACAGGUACAAGCCACCACGCCGCUAUUGAUACAUCACAACAACAAAUUAUGGAAGAGGCGAAGAGAAUGGGAUGGGAAAUUGUGUCGGUGGAUCGUGGUGGUGGCUGUGAAUCAUCCUGCUCAUCAUCAUCAUCAUCAUCAUCAUCAUCAUCAUCAUCAUCAUCAUCAUCAUCAGCUUCAUCUUUCAGAAUGGUCAAAAAUGGUAAUGACAAAAAAUCUAAUGGUAAUAAAAACAAAUCAUAUGAUCAUCAAGAACAAGAACAGCAACAACAAAUAAAUUUCUUCCUGGUCGACAAAUCUCAAGUCGUACAUCGAAAAAGCAAUCGAUCGGAUAAUACAAGUUCAUCAUCAUUAUCAGAUAGUGAUGUAAAUCGAAUAACACAUCGAUCAUCUAGUUCAUCAUUGGAUAGCUCAAGUUCAGAGAAUGAAACAAGUUCAUCAUCAACAAUGGCUAAACAACGAAGUGAUAUAUCAUCAUCGUCAAUCGAUUCAACAAUUUUCUUUAUUCAAAACAAAACCAACGCAUUUCUUUCUUUUUUAGCUGAUUCUCAUAAAUCAUCAACUAAUACAAAUAAUGCGGAGAAUUCUUAUUCAAAUAAAACGAAAGAAAAAACAAAAAAUAAUCAAAAAAAUCGCAAGAAAUUGGAGAACUUACAAGUCAAUGAUCGGCAAACGCAUCAUCUUGACUUAAUUCAUUGA